CUGCUCUCCUCCAUCACGUCAACGCAAUUACCGUCAGUCCUGGUCACGUGACACGCUCCUUUGGCAAGUUGUUCCCAUCUCCCACAGUCAUGGCGGUGUCGAGGAGUCCCGCAGAUGGAGUAAACAGCGCGUCAUCCUCCUCCUUCUAACCGCUUUUCCACGCAGGACGCGUCGCAUCUGCUGCCCACCGGAACACCGCGCACGUCCCCCAGGCUGCUGCGCUCCAGCCAUGGCCGACCGCGGCGUUGAUCUGUCGGCUCUGCCUAAAGAGGUCAGGGACCAGCUGGCGGAGUUGGAUCUGGAGCUGUCGGAAGGUGAUAUCACACAGAAGGGAUACGAGAAGAAACGGACCAAACUCCUGGCUCCAUUUCUGUUCAACACUCCAGCAGCUCCGCCCCUUCAAAAUGACGUGCCCCCCGCCGCUCCCGCCCCCUCCAGCCACGCCCCUCCACCUGCCAGCUCCUCUCGGUACCGCGAGCGGCGCUCUCGCCGGACGCAUCGGAAUGGAGGAACCAGAGAUGACCGGUACCGAUCAGAUAUUCACUCGGAGGCGGUUCAAGCCGCCCUGGCUCAGCAUAAAGAGGAGAAGAUGGCUCUUCCCAUGCCCACAAAGCGCCGCUCCACCUACGUGCCGUCCCCCAUUGACACUCGCACCCCCCCAGACUCCUCGUCGGCGUCCGAGGACGAGUCGGCGGUGCGGAGGCAGUCCUCGGUGGUCGCUCCCUCGUCUCAGGUCAGUCCCAACCUACAGAGCCCCGAAUCUUGGUUGAACCGCUCCGCCCUGGGCUCCUCCACCUCCUCCUCGGCCUCCUCCACGCUGUCCCACGGAGAGGCCAAGCCGCAGCCUCAGAGCCAGGCGCAGCCGCAGUACAAGCCGCAGUACCAGCCUCUGUACCAGCCGCAGUACCAGGAGCCGAGCCGCGCCGCCGCCGCCGCCGUGACCGGCAUGAUGGCCCAGAGCCGAAUCGCCCCCUCUGAGAACAGCGCCCCCCCUCCAGAUGUGACCGCCGUGGCCCCUCCAGUCAGAGGCCCUCGAGUGGACCUGCCGUCCAAAACCGUGGCCCGCGGGAUGAACCAGGGCGCGAACCGCUCCAGCAUGAUGGAGACGGCAGACGGAGUCCCUGUCAGCAGCAGAGUGUCCACCAAGAUCCAGCAGCUGCUCAACACUCUGAAGAGGCCCAAGAAACCGCCGCUCAGCGAGUUCUUCACCGACGACUCCGAGGAGAUCGUGGAAGUUCCACAGCUAGACCCCAACACUCCCAAACCGGAGGGCCGGCAGAUCAUACCCGUGAAGGGGGAGCCUCUGGGGGUGGUCAGCAACUGGCCCCCGGCCUUACAGGCAGCUUUGGCUCGUUGGGGGGCCACUCAGGGGAAGAGCCCCGCCCUCACAGCUCUGGACAUCACGGGAAAGCCGCUCUACACUCUGACUUAUGGGAAACUCUGGAGUCGCAGCGUGAAACUGGCGUACACGCUCCUCAACAAGCUGGGAGCCAAGAACGAGCAGAUCCUCAAACCCGGAGACAGGGUUGCAUUGGUGUACCCCAACAGCGACCCCGGGAUGUUCUGGGUGGCGUUCUACGGCUGCCUCCUGGCUGAGGUCAUACCUGUACCCAUUGAGGUUCCUCUGUCCCGCAAGGAUGCAGGUAUCAGCCAGGUGGGCUUCCUGCUCGGAAGCUGUGGCGUCGGUCUGGCGUUAACCAGUGAGAUCUGCUUGAAAGGUCUACCCAAGACCCCCACCGGGGAAAUCCUGCAGUUCAAAGGCUGGCCUCGACUGAAGUGGGUGAUCACAGACUCCAAAUACCUGACCAAGCCGUCCAGAGACUGGCAGCCGCACAUCCCCACGGCCAACACCGACCCUGCGUACAUCGAGUAUAAAGCGAGUAAGGACGGCACGGUGGUGGGCGUGGCCGUGUCCAAAGUGGCCAUGCUGACUCACUGCCAAGCGCUCACUCAGGCCUGUAACUACUGUGAAGGGGAAACUUUAGUGAACGUCCUGGACUUCAAAAAGGAUAUGGGCUUAUGGCACGGCGUUCUGUCGGCUGUCAUGAACCGGAUCCACACCAUCAGCGUUCCUUAUGCGGUGAUGAAAGCCUGUCCUCUCUCCUGGGUCCAGAGGGUCCACAUCCAUAAAGCUCGGAUCGCUCUGGUGAAAUGUCGUGACCUGCACUGGGCCAUGAUGGCUCAUCGGGAGCAGAGGGACAUCAGCCUGGCGUCGUUACGGAUGCUCAUCGUUGCUGAUGGUUCAAAUCCCUGGUCCGUCUCCUCCUGCGACGCCUUCCUAAAUGUCUUUCAGUCUCACGGGCUGAAGCCGGAGGUCAUUUGCCCCUGUGCCACGUCCCCAGAGGCCAUGACAGUCGCCAUCCGCAGACCCGGCGUCCCGGGCGCCCCCCUCCCAGCCCGUGCCAUCCUCUCUUUGAGCGGCCUGAGCCACGGGGUCAUCAGGGUCAACACAGAGGACAAGAACUCCGCCCUGACCGUUCAGGACGUGGGACACGUGAUGCCUGGAGCUCUGAUGUGUAUCGUCCGACCGGACGGACCGCCUCUUCUCUGUAAAACGGAUGAAAUCGGAGAGAUCAUCAUCAACUCUCGCGCCGGAGGCACCAUGUAUUACGGCCUGCCGGGACUCACCAAGAACACCUUUGAGGUAAUCCCGGUGAACACCAACGGCGUUCCCAUCGGAGAGAUCCCCUUCGUGCGGUCAGGACUGCUGGGGUUUGUCGGCCCGGGUAGUUUGAUCUUCGUGGUGGGGAAGAUCGAAGGUCUGUUGAUGGUGAGCGGGAGACGACACAACGCCGACGACCUGGUGGCCACCGCUCUGGCCGUGGAGCCGGUCAAGACGGUUUACCGAGGGAGGAUCGCCGUGUUCUCAGUCACUGUGUUCUAUGAUGAGAGAGUGGUCAUCGUGGCCGAACAGAGGCCGGACGCCAGCGAGGAGGACAGCUUCCAGUGGAUGAGCCGGGUGCUCCAGGCCAUUGAGAGCAUCCACCAGGUGGGCCUGUACUGUCUGGCUCUCGUCCCCGCCAACACCCUACCCAAAACCCCCCUGGGGGGCAUCCACAUCUCCGACACCAAGCAGUUCUUCCUGGAGGGCAGUCUGCACCCCUGCAACAUCCUGAUGUGCCCCCACACCUGUGUCACAAACCUGCCCAAGCCCCGCCAGAAGCAGCCAGUUGGUGUUGGUCCUGCAUCUGUCAUGGUGGGUAACCUGGUGGCAGGGAAGCGGAUCGCUCAGGCUGCCGGGAGGGACCUGGGCUUGAUCGAAGACCAGGAUCUGGUCCGCAAGCUCUGUAUGUGGCCCACUGUGAUGCAUCAGUAUUUGACUGAGGCUCUUCAGUGGCGGGCCCAAACCGAUCCCGACCACGUCCUCUAUGUUCUUCUCAAUGCAAAGGGAGUGACUGUAGGAACCGCCACCUGUGUCCAGCUUUACAAGCGAGCAGAGAAGAUCGCUGCAGCUCUCACUGAGAAAGGCUGCAUCAACACCGGCGAGAACGUGGUUCUGCUUUAUCCUCCCGGCAUCGAUUUGAUCGCUGCCUUCUACGGUUGUCUGUAUGCUGGAUGUGUUCCUGUAAACGUCCGACCUCCUCAUCCUCAGAACCUGGCUGCCACGCUGCCGACUGUCCGCAUGAUUAUUGAUGUCAGUAAAGCUGGAUGUAUCCUCACAACUCAAAACCUCAUGAGGAUUCUGCGCUCCAAAGAAGCUGCAGCUUCUGUCAACAUUAAAACCUGGCCAACGAUCAUUGAUACAGAUGAUCUUCCUCGCCGCCGACCGCCACAGAUAUAUAAGCCGCCCACUGCAGAGAUGAUCGCUUAUCUGGAUUUCAGUGUGUCUACUACAGGCAUGCUCACGGGGGUCAAGAUCUCUCAUGCAGCCGUCAGCGCGUUGUGUCGCUCCAUAAAGCUCCAGUGUGAGCUCUACUCCUCUCGCCAAAUAGCCAUCUGUCUGGAUCCGUACUGCGGCCUGGGCUUCGUCUUGUGGUGCCUCGCCAGUGUUUACUCAGGUCAUCAGUCCAUCCUCAUCCCUCCCUUCGAGCUGGAGAGCUGCUUGUCUCUGUGGCUCAGCACGCUCAGUCAGUACCGCAUCAGAGACACCUUCUGCUCCUACUCUGUGAUGGAGCUCUGCACCAAAGGUCUGGGCACGCAGACGGAGCUGCUGAAGGCCCGAGGUGUGAACCUGUCGUGCGUCCGGAGUUGUGUGGUGAUCGCAGAGGAGCGGCCUCGCCUCGCCCUCACACAGUCCUUCUCCAAGCUCUUUAAGGAUGUGGGACUGUCUUCCAGAGCGGUCAGCACCGCGUUUGGCUCCAGAGUUAACCUGGCCGUGUGUCUGCAGGGAACCACGGGUCCAGAUCCCUGCACGGUUUACGUAGACAUGAAGUCUCUACGCCAUGACAGAGUGAGGCUGGUGGAAAGAGGAGCACCUCAGAGUCUUCCUCUCAUGGAGUCUGGGAAGAUACUGCCGGGCGUCCGAGUGAUUAUAGUGAACCCGGAGACCAGAGGUCCACUCGGGGACUCGCAUUUAGGCGAGGUCUGGGUGAAUAGCCCCCAUAAUGCCAGUGGUUACUACACCAUCUAUGGAGAGGAGGGUCUUCAGGCUGACCACUUCAACACCAAGCUCAGCUUUGGAGACCCGCACACUCUGUGGGCCAGAACCGGGUACUUGGGUUUUGUGAAGAGAACCGAGCUCCUGGAUGCUAGCGGGGACCGCCAUGACGCUCUUUUCGUGGUGGGCUCACUGGAUGAGACCCUGGAGCUGCGAGGUCUGCGCUACCACCCAAUCGACAUCGAAACCUCUGUUUCUCGAGCUCAUCGAAGUAUCGCUGAGAGUGCUGUAUUUACAUGGACCAACCUCCUGGUGGUGGUGUCGGAGCUGUGCGGUUCGGAGCAGGACGCGCUGGACUUGGUUCCUCUGAUCACCAACGUGGUCCUGGAGGAGCACCACCUCAUUGUGGGCGUGGUGGUCAUCGUGGACCCCGGCGUCAUACCCAUCAACUCCAGAGGGGAGAAGCAGCGCAUGCAUCUACGGGACUCCUUCCUCGCCGACCAGCUCGAUCCCAUCUACGUCGCUUACAACAUGUGAGCCUCAGGCGGACCGGCCUUUGUCGCUCCUCCUCUGCACCAUCGUUGGAAGGACUGGGUGAUGUCACUGGGUGGUUCUUCUGUGGCUGUUGUGCAACUGCCGGGGGGUCAGUUACAGGUUCAAGGAGUAAUCCAAUCAGCACAGUCAUCAGUCAUUCAGUCUCCACAGCAGCAAAUUGUUCAGCGUAACAAACAGGAAGUAGGUCUGACCUCCAGCGUUAUCAGACGGUAACCAGACGUUCAGCUGCUGCUCCUUACGUUCUCCGUGGAAGAAAUCUUAUCUGCUGAUGCUGCCGUUAAAAGUAUUCAGUCAUGAAUAAAGAUGCACAUCAGCUUUA